AUGGUUCGUUUAAACGUUGAUCAAAUGAGUCGAUAUGUUAGUCCGGUUAACCCAACAACAUAUCCAACACUUAGUAUAUCAUUAUUAGGCAUUGGUCUUUUCUUAAUGGCAUGGUUUUUCGUCUACGAAGUGACAGGUACAAAAUACACACGUGCUUGGAAAAAAGAAGUUCUUCUUGCACUUAUCGCAUCAUUCUUUCUUGGUUACGGUGGUCUAUUUCUUCUACUCUGGGUGGGAAUUUAUGUUUAA